AUGCCCCAAGACAGCCCCGGCGACGCAGAGAAUGCUGCUCAGCAACUGCAGUCCCCAACGAAUGUCGAAGCCCCUGGUGACGGCGAUGAAUUCACUCGCCUCGUCAGGUUCAUCUCUGCGUACCGGGAAUCCGACUUCGUCAGCCCCGACGAAGGUGAGGUGCGCGUCCACCGAGUGUGGUAUGCCCCGUGGCACAAGAGGAAAUUCCGCUGGAAACACGUCGGCGGAUCCUCGCGCAAGUUCCCUGACAGUUGGCUCCUUACUGAUAUCCGAGAUGGUCUGACUGAUACGGACGUUACUCAUCGGCGUAAUGUCGCCGGGUUCAAUGAACUGGCUUCGGAGAAGGAGAACCCAUUUGCGAAGGUUAUCUCAUAUUUCCAGGGGCCGAUUCUUUAUGUGAUGGAGCUCGCCGUCCUGCUUGCCGCUGGGCUAGAGGAUUGGAUCGAUUUCGGCGUCAUAAUUGGGAUUCUUUGGCUGAAUGCCGCCGUCGGCUGGUACCAGGAGAAACAGGCCGCAGAUGUCGUGGCAAGUCUGAAGGCCGAUAUUGCCAUGCGGGCUACAGUCGUGCGCAAUGGGCAGGAAAUGGAGUGCCUGGCUCGAGAAUUGGUUCCUGGGGAUGUGAUCGUGAUCGAUGAGGGACAAACCGUUCCUGCGGACGCUAGGGUCAUUUGUGCGUACAACAAUCGUGAACACGGAUGGAAGGAGUAUAAGGAACUUUUGCAGGACGGGAUGCUAGACGGCUCAAGCCCUCAAUCCGAGGACGAUGACCUCGGUGAGGAUGCAGGGACCAGACGCGGGCAUUCGAUUGUAGCGUGCGAUCAUUCCGCGAUUACAGGGGAAUCGCUCGCCGUUGACCGAUACAUGGGGGACACCGUCUUCUACACGACCGGGUGUAAGAGGGGAAAGGCUUAUGCGGUGGUCCAAACAACCGGCCAGAGAACGUUCGUUGGGCGGACCGCAGCCAUGGUGCAGGAUUCCAAGGACACUGGCCAUUUUAAGAUGGUGAUGGACAGUAUCGGAACAUCGCUUCUGGUCUUGGUAAUGGCCUGGAUUCUAGCAGUGUGGAUUGGUGGGUUCUAUCGAAAUAUCCCCAUUGCAUCCCCCGGAGAACAGACGUUGCUGUUCUAUACCCUGGCGCUGAUGAUUAUUGGGGUCCCCGUUGGUCUUCCUGUUGUCACCACAACGACCUUAGCUGUUGGGGCUGCGUAUCUGGCGAAGAAAAAAGCCAUUGUGCAGAAGUUGACCGCAAUCGAGUCUCUUUCUGGAGUCGAUAUCUUAUGCUCGGAUAAAACCGGGACUUUAACCGCCAAUCGCCUCAGCAUCAGAGAGCCGUUCGUGGCUGAAGGUGUGGAUGUGAACUGGAUGUUCGCCGUGGCGGCGCUGGCCUCCUCUCAUAACGUGAACGCGCUGGACCCGAUAGACAAGGUGACUGUGCUCUCACUGAAGCAGUAUCCCAAAGCGAAGGAAAUCCUGCAGCAAGGAUGGAAGGUAGAGAAAUUUCACCCCUUCGACCCCGUGUCCAAGCGAAUUGUCGCGGUUGCAACGUGUAACGGUGUCCAGUAUACAUGCACGAAGGGGGCCCCUAAGGCCGUUUUACGGCUGACCAAUUCUUCCGAGGCAAAGAUGUAUAAGGAGAAGGCGACGGAGUUUGCCAGUCGUGGAUUCCGUUCCCUGGGUAUUGCCGUGCGUAAAGAAGACGAGGACUGGAGGCUGCUUGGGAUGAUGCCCAUGUUUGAUCUCCCAAGGGAAGACACCGCACAGACAAUGGCCGAGGCCCAGAAACUGGGUAUAGAGGUCAAGAUGUUAACUGGGGAUGCAAUAGCCAUUGCAAAGGAGACUUGUAAACAAUUGUCGCUUGGCACGAAAGUCUACAAUUCCGAACGGCUCAUCGGCGGAGGCCUGGGUGCCAUGGCUGGGGACCUUGUCGAACGAGCAGAUGGGUUUGCAGAGGUCUUUCCAGAACAUAAAUAUCAGGUGGUGCAGAUGUUACAGGAACGUGGACAUCUCACAGCAAUGACGGGAGACGGAGUAAACGACGCGCCCUCGUUGAAGAAAGCGGACUGUGGGAUCGCAGUCGAAGGCGCGUCCGAGGCAGCCCAGUCCGCUGCUGAUAUCGUCUUUUUGAAACCGGGACUCUCCACCAUUAUCGAUUCUAUCAAAGUCGCGCGGCAGAUCUUCCACCGCAUGAAGGCCUAUAUUCAAUACCGAAUAGCACUCUGUCUGCACCUUGAGAUCUACCUAGUGACCGCUAUGAUAAUCCUCAAUGAGAGUAUCCGUAGCGAUCUAGUCGUGUUUCUAGCACUGUUUGCCGACCUCGCAACGGUCGCUGUGGCAUACGAUAACGCAUCCUACGAGCUCCGUCCUGUCGAGUGGCAGCUGCCAAAGAUCUGGAUCAUCUCUGUUAUUCUCGGCAUCUUGCUCGCCGCAGCAACAUGGGUGAUCCGGGGUACCCUAUUCCUUCCUGACGGUGGCAUCAUCCAGAAUUGGGGCUCAAUCCAAGAGAUUAUAUUUCUCGAAGUGGCACUGACCGAGAAUUGGCUGAUCUUCGUGACUAGAGGCGGCGACACAUGGCCAUCUGUUCAGCUAGUGGGUGCAAUCUUCGGCGUUGAUGCCCUGGCUACAAUCUUCUGCUUGUUUGGCUGGUUCUCAAAUAGGGAUAUGGCUACUGACCCGUUCGACCAGCUGCUGGACUCCCCAAAAGAAACUCAUAACGGAUCGACCGAUAUUGUGACUGUUGUGCGGGUCUGGGGGUAUUCAUUGGGCGUGACUAUUGUGAUUGCGUUGUUGUAUUAUGCCCUCAAUAAGAUUCGAUGGUUGGAUGACCUGGGCCGGAAAAAGCGCAGCAGAGGCGAGAUCCAGGUCGAAAAUAUCCUGAGUCAUCUAGCCCAGGUCACUGUUCAGUAUGUACAGGAGGCUGGGACGGGCAGCGGACGAUUCUUCCUGGCGUCCAGUAAAGAGGAGGAAGAGGCCGAGUAG